ACUUUCCAAUUACCAAAUGGAAAGUUUGCAGUAAGCUUUAUAUAUUCUUUAAAAAAAGAAUAUGAUUACAGUAAAAAAAUUAGAUAACGAAAUUCUCAAAAAAAUAUUGCCAUUCCUUUGUCCUGGAUAUCUCUACAUAUGAUUAAUUUAUCCACCGCCUGGUACGUAACCAUGAUAACUGCAGAACUGUCAGUUGCUCAUUAGCCCGACAAAGUUGCUACCGAGUUGUUUUAAUUCCCAUAAGAAUUAUAAUUGCUACCGAGAUAAAAGAUUACACGUAUAGCUGUGAUACAACGAUAUUGAUCCAAGAAACAAUAUGGCGACUCCAAUAGAGAUCUAAGAAAUGUCAAAUCCAAAAUAAAAGCUGAUUUCUAACGUAGAAUAUAGUGUUCACUAAAGAACUGAUUUAAAGAUGCAUUAUGUAGUGUAAAUUGACAAUUCUGAAUAACUUGCUCUACAGUUAUUGUCUAUUUUGAAACAUUUAAUUAAAAGAUUUAUUGCUAAAUGACUAAAGAGGGGGCAGCUCAAAUGUCGUUUGAUGAUGAUUUUAAGAAAUUUGAAAAUAUAGAACCUCUGCAAUGGGGAGCAUUGAGAGAAUUAUGCCAGGCUAAUGAAGAAUUCUUUGUGUCGCAUCAAGAUGAAAAUGGUGUUAGGAUCAGAGGUGCAGUUUUAGCAAUAUUAGAACAUUUAACUCAGCUGCAACCUCUGUAUAAACAACUUAGCAAGAUUGCACCAAUGUAUGAUUACGAUAUACAAACACCUGCCAAUGGAUAUAGAAGUUUUUUAAUUUUAGUAGAUAGAUGUAUUGCGCAUUCGCGUUUAGUUUGUCAUCAAAUAUAUUGUCAAAAGGAUUCUAUGUUUUUUCGUAAAAGUUAUCAUAUGAGAGAAAUAGAGGCAUGUUCACAGUUGCUGGCAUCUUUGUGUACUUGUUUAGAACACUUACAAACUCUGUCUUCAUGGAGCGAUUCAAUGAUAGAUGGAAAACCAUCUCUUUUUAUAGGAGAUGCUCACAGUCCUCAGGAAAUUUUAAACAAAGUAGAUAGCAUUAAUCAGUAUUGUUUUUAUGGCAGGUGUUUAGGGUUUCAGUUUCAUGAUAGCUUGAAGCCCAUUUUAAAAACUAUAAUGGUUUGUAUGGCAACAUUUAGCGAGGCAUUCUAUGCUAAUGGUACAUUAUUAGCACGUUGCGCUAAUUCUGUUAAAUACAUGUUAGACCCUGAAGCAAGGGCGCGUCGUAUCGUUGAUAUAUCCCAACACGCUGAUAUAUCAUUUUGUCAAGCCUUUUGGUUCCUCAAUGAAUCUGAUAUAACACGCAGAUUACCGAAUAUAACAUCACCGUCUUUGGCAAUAAAUCAAAUAAUUUCAAUUCCACCCGAAGGAUUAUCGAUACUUGCAUUAGAUGGGACAACUGUGCAAAUUCCAGUACCGCACAGUCAUAUUGGAAAGAAACCGAUACACGUUAGAUUGUUAAGCUCGAAACGUCGUUUGGGAAUGGUUGGUUCAGGUGGAGUAGGCGGAGAACUGCAUAAAUCAUCGGACGAGUUGAUUAUUCAUUGUCAUGGUGGAGGUUUCGUUGCGCAAACUUCACUGUCUCAUGAAACAUACUUAAGGGCUUGGGCUAUCAAUCUCGAUAUACCAAUUUUAAGUAUAGACUACAGUUUAGCACCCGAAGCCCCGUUUCCUCGUGCAUUCGAAGAAGUAUUAUACGCAUAUGCAUGGGCUUUAAAUCAUGCAAGUACAUUGCUUGGAAGUACUGCUAAAAAAAUACUUCUUGUCGGUGAUUCUGCCGGAGGUAAUUUAAAUCUGAGCGUCACUUUGAAAUGCAUACUAUUGAAUAUUCGAAAACCAGACGGUAUAUUUAUGGCAUAUACACCGGUACUCGUUGAUUUUGUGCUAUCACCAUCGCGGUUACUUUGCCUAACUGAUCCACUACUGCCUAUGGGAUUUCUUAUACGUUGCCUGAAAGCAUACACCGCUUCGGAUACCAAAAAAGUUACACGGGAGAGAGAAGGUGAUGUUGCCGAAUGUACAAAGUCAGACACAGAAUCUUUUGCUGAAGUAAGCGAAAGUGAUUUAAUAGCAUUAGCUCUGAGUCCAAAUGGAGAUGAAACAAAUGAUGCACACAAGUUAGCAUCUUUACCAUCUGACUCUACUUUGAAUUCUGUUAGUUUAACUGAAGUUGAUGGAACAGAACAUCUACGGGAAGAAGUGAAAUCUCAAGAAUAUAUAAAAAAGUUUUUAGGAAUGAAUUUAAAUUCAUCGACACAUGUAGGGAACGGUGCUGUUAAUACAGAUAAUAAUUCAAAACAUGAUAGAUCGUGGUCAUUUUUUGGUUGGUCUCUUACGGGAAGGCACAGAGAAUCUAGGGAGCUUGAUAUAGAAAACGUGAAAAGUCCUUUGGAAGAAUUUGUAUUUACAGUACCCAGGGAUCCAUUUUUAAGUCCUUAUCUUGCAGCAGAUAAUCUUUUAGCAAAACUACCACCUGUUACAAUGCUGACAAUGGAGCUCGAUCCGUGCCUCGAUGAUUCUAUUAUGUUUGCAAGAAAAUUACGAUUGCUUGGUGUAUUGGUUACGCUGGACGUAUUGCCAGGAUUACCACACGGAUUUUUAAAUUUAAUACCGGUUUCAAAAGAAGCAAGCGAAGGAUCAGAUUUAUGUGUGAAAAGAAUUCAGGAGCUACUAGCAUUAUAAUUAUACAUGCAUCUAGCAAAAUAC